CAGGGGGGCGAAAAAAAGUCGAAACUUCUGACAUGAGCAAGCCGUCGAUGGCGGCGGCGGCGGCGGUAGCGCCGCGACAACCGGAUGGAGCAGAGAACGACACGAGGGGUAUUGGUAUCUCCAACUCGACCCACACCAUGGCAGAUGGCAAAACGAUUCAUUACUCAGCCGAGAGGAUCAUCGGCAAUGGAAGCUUUGGGGUCGUAUUCCAGGCAUCGAUCGAAGAGACCAAUGAAGUGGUGGCGAUCAAGAAGGUGCUGCAGGACAAGCGGUUCAAGAAUCGGGAGAUGCAAAUCAUGCGGCAGCUGCAGCACGACAACAUUGUCCAGCUCAAGCACUGUUUCUAUUGCAACGGCGAAAAGGUACUUCCCAUGUCACCAUCCCCGCCUUGGUCAUCGUCGUAUCCUUCCUCGCUUCCCACACGUAGCCCGACGAACUGUACUUGAACCUGGUCAUGGAAUACAUCCCCGACACAUUGUACGGCGUCGCGCGGCAACUCCAGCGCAGCAAGCAGCUCAUGCCGAUCGUACUGGUCAAGUUGUACAUCUACCAGAUCUGCCGUGCGUUGGGGUACACGCACUCGAUGGGCAUCUGCCACCGCGAUAUCAAGCCCCAGAACCUGCUGUUGAAUCCCACGACUCAUGUAGUCAAGAUCUGCGACUUUGGCAGCGCCAAGAUGCUCCAGAAGAACGAACCCAAUGUGUCGUACAUCUGCUCGCGAUACUACCGCGCGCCCGAGCUCAUCUUCGGCGCGACAGACUACUCCACGGCCAUCGACGUGUGGUCCCUCGGGUGCGUCUUCGGCGAACUGCUGCUCGGGAGCCCCUUGUUCCCCGGUGAAAGCGGCGUGGACCAGCUCGUGGAGAUCAUCAAGGUCCUCGGCACCCCCACAAGGGACCAGAUCGAAGCCAUGAACCCAAAUUACACCGAGUUCCAGUUCCCUCAGAUCCAGGCGCAUCCGUGGAGUAAGGUCUUUCGCAGUCGGACGCCCCCAGAAGCCAUCGACCUCAUCGCGAAAAUGCUCGAAUACGACCCCAUCAAACGUAUCAAGCCGCUGGAGGCCGCCGCGCAUCCAUUUUUCGACGAACUGCGUCAAGACCCGUCGAUUAGUCCGCUUGUGCUUCCCCAGAACGUGCCCCCGCCCGUGCUGUUUGACUUUACAUGGCAAGAGCUGAAAAGUGUGGACGUGGCGACGCGGGACAUCCUGGUACCCAAACAUGCGCGGACGGCAACCAACUGGCCGGACGUAGUUGGGGCAGAGGCGGGAGGCGGGGGAGGAGGUCCUCCGCCGGUGGACGCACCUGCCGACUCUGAACAACGUGAGUGAGUAGGAGCAAGUACCUGUAGCCCCCCUAGCAAUAUGACCAAUGUUUUAUACUACUACUCUAACGAUAUCAACCAGAAUCUCGGAAAUCUAGUAGUUCUAGGCUGGAAUACUAGUAGUAAUAAGUUACUACUAAUACUGCUAACCCUAUUAAUACAUAGUACUGUACAAUG